AGUUACUCCGAGCCCCGAUAGUGGGAUGACUCCGUUUUGAAGAAGGGCCAUAGUCCUUAACUUAGAGGGACAAUCUGAAGCACACGACACGACACUUCAUUCAACUCACCACCUACGCAAGAACGACCCUUCAUCUCACGCCGAGGAAGAUUGACUGCCGACAACACCGCAAUCAUGUCGCUCACCAAUUGCCGCUUCUACGAGGAGAAAUAUCCCGAAAUCGACUCGUUCGUCAUGGUCAACGUCAAGCAAAUCGCAGAAAUGGGCGCCUACGUCAAGCUACUCGAAUACGACAACAUCGACGGCAUGAUUCUGCUCUCCGAACUCUCGCGAAGACGUAUUCGAUCUAUCCAGAAGCUUAUCCGAGUCGGGCGCAACGAAGUUGUGGUGGUGCUGCGUGUCGACAAGGAAAAGGGCUACAUCGAUUUGUCCAAGCGACGAGUUUCGCCCGAGGAUAUUGUCAAGUGUGAGGAACGGUACAACAAGAGCAAGAUGGUGCACUCUAUCAUGCGACAUGUGGCAGAGAAGACCAACACACCCAUCGAGGAGCUGUACCAGGAUAUUGGGUGGCCGCUGAACAAGAAGUACGGACAUGCUGUGGACGCCUUCAAACUGAGCAUCACGAACCCCGACGUGUGGAACGAAGUUACAUUCAAGAGCGACGUGAUCAAGGAUGAAUUGGUCAGCUAUAUCGGCAAGCGUUUGACUCCACAACCUACGAAGGUUCGCGCCGAUAUCGAGGUCACUUGCUUCGGAUACGAAGGCAUCGACGCUGUCAAGGCGGCCCUCCGCGUCGCAGAAGCCAAGAACACCGCCGAGACACAGGUCAAGGUCCGCCUGGUGUCGCCACCCCUCUACGUCCUGACAUCGCAAACGAUCGACAAGAACAACGGUAUCGAAGUGCUCAACGAGGCGAUCAAGGACAUCACAGCAAAUAUUACCGCCGCAGGAGGAAGUUGCAGCGUGAAGAUGGCGCCCAAGGCUGUUACAGAGAACGAUGACGCAGAACUGCAAGCGCUCAUGGACAAGAGGGAGCGCGAGAACCAGCAAGUGUCUGGUGACGAGGAUUCCUCGGAGAGUGACGAGGGCGUCGUGGCUGCUGCUGAUUAGAUGGGAACAAGCGAGGCGUCUGGCGUUGUUGCAUUCUCACGAAGACGGCGGAAAAAGUGCGGCUAUAGAUUUGACGCAAGAGCGCGUGGAAAGUUCGCGUGGAAAGUUACGACAGGCUGUAGAAAACAGCUGCUUGAGAAUCAAAACUGCACAUGAAGGCA